AUGGGGUCCAUGACGAUCGGCGCCAAGUACAAGACCACGAUCAAGGACCCCGGCACCGCGGGCAUCCUCCGCAUGAACGAUGAUAGGUUCACCUUCACCCCUAAUGAUCCACGGUCGGCAAUGAAGUUCAAUGUUGAUUUCCGAACCAUCAAAGGUCACAAGUUCAACAAAGUAGAGGGUAACAAAGCAGCAUUAUUGAACCUUUCAAAAGAAGACAAGGCUGGAGGCUACAUAUUUGAGUUUGACAAUGUUGGUAACCGCGACCUGUGUCGAGACUUUGUAGUUGCUUCUGCUGCUCUGGAACAACUCAGUGCUGCUGAAGUGGAGAGACGGGUGAAACUGUUGCGAGAAGACAGCGAAUUGCAGAAAUUACAUAAGAAGUUUGUUCUUGGAAAUAUUUUGCAAGAAUCUGAAUUUUGGGCAACAAGAAAGAAUUUACUUGAUGAUGAAGCAAAUAAAAGAUCAAAACAAAGGCCAGGUUUCAAGAAUGCACUAGUAGAUAUUAAGCCAACAACUGAUGGUCGGACAAACAAAGUUACUUUCCAGAUCACGCCUGAGAUGAUACAUCAGAUUUUUGCAGAAAAGCCUGCUGUCCGUAGAGCAUAUUUAGAUUUUGUUCCAAAAAAGAUGUCAGAAACCCGAUUUUGGGAAAAAUACUGUAGAGCUGAGUAUCUAGUUAGAACAAAAAACACUGCAGCAGCAACAGCUGAGGCUGCUGGAGAUGAGGAAUUGGCUAUCUUCCUGAAGAAUGAUGAUAUAGUGGCCAAGGAGUCAAAGAUGAAGAUAAAACGAGUCGAUCCAACAUUAGACAUGGAGGCAGACACUGGAGAUGAUUACAUUCAUCUUCCGGACCAUGGGAUUCACCGUUAUGGUAACAAAGAGACAGUCGAUGCUGACAGUGACUUGGCGAGGAGGACGCUGUCUCAGGACCUGAACCGUCAUGCAGCUGUUGUUCUUGAAGGGAGAUCUCUUGAUGUUGAGUCGACUGAUCCAAAGACUUCAGCUGAAGCCCUUGUAAGGUCCAAGAAAGAACCACCUUCCACUUCUAUUGUUGAUGAUGCUAAUCAUGAGAGACUAGUGAAGGUGGCUAGAAUGACGGAGAUAGAGGAUCUGCAAGCUCCACGAAGCCUUCCGUAUGCACCACUUUGUAUAAAGGAUCCUAGAGAAUAUUUUGAUUCCCAGCAAGCAAAUGCUCUGAGAUCUCUAGGUGGCAGCAACGCCGGAAGAAAAGCUCGUACUUGCAGCUUGAGCACUGAAGAAGCAUUCCAUCAUUUAAUGGACCAAAUGUCUUCUAUUAAAGUUAAUAAGCUUAACUGUCCGAUUAUUCAGUCUGAUAUGGCUCUUAAGGUUCUUAAUGAAUUGAACGAAGGGAUUUCUCAUUCAAGGAGACUUAACCUCAAGAAUCCUCAAGAAGGUCUCCUUGGUCAGCUGCCUCAACAUACACGGGAUGAGCUUAUGGAUCAUUGGACGGCUAUCCAGGAAUUGCUAUGGCAUUUUUGGUCAUCGUAUCCAAUAACAAGUGCAGUCCUUUAUAACAAGGUUCAAAGAGUUAAAGAAGCUAUGACACAGAUAUAUCAAAAGUUGCAGCUUAUAAAGGAAUCAGCACAGCCUGAUGUAAGACAUGAAAUAUCUCGGCUAGUAAAGCCCAUGACUCAGGCCUUGGAUGCCGCCUUCAACCACGAUUUGGAACAGCAGCAGAAGUCAUCCAAGACCGGGAACAGGCACAACGGGUUUUGA